CAUUUAUUAUCAAGCCAGUAAAAAGAACAAAGCUCCCCCACCCCGCCAUGCUUGUGUGGUGGUGGGGUAUUUGCCAUUUGUUUGUUUAAAAGGGCGUGGGGGAGUGCUACAGUAAUCUCUCCCUUUCUUUUUCUUCUUUCUUCGUUUUUUUUUUAAAAAGUUCAUUACCAUCACCAGAGGCGCGUCGUAGGGGUUAACUUAGCGAGUUGGGGAGCGCCAGGGCGCACACAGUGGAGUAGUUGUGUCGAUCACUCCCGCAGAGGCGAUGCCCUUUUGUGGAGAGGUCUCUUGUCACACAGAGGACAGACGGCAUUCACAAUUGGGACACAGGGACACAAAGAAGAAAACUGCAUUUUAAAAGGCUCCAUUCUUUCCCCGCUACCGCUGGGUGUUGACUGUGGGUGUUUGAGAGAAUCUUUGUUGCCCGGAGAAAAGUAGAGAAGAAGAAUACGCGCCGUGAACGGGUUGGGGGAUUUUAUGGACAGGGUUACUACAGUGCAGCCGAUGCUGUCAUCCACUCCACCUCUGUCUGUUUUCCCGGAGCGACUAGUCUUGUUUUGGAUGAGGAGCGGAACUUUUACGCAUUGUUUUACGCACUGAUUGUAUGACUCGCGACAGAACAGGACACUGUCAUAAUGAACUCUCUCUCCCCGGUACCUGCGGGUAAGCAGUUUGAGCCAAAUCAUUAACUCCAAGGAGAAGUAAUUCUGUGGAUAUCUGCCUAAAGGAUGCCAGUUGAUAAAUUCGCAAACAUGGAGGAAAAACUGUGGAUAUUGGAGGACCUCAACAUGAUGUACAUCCGCCAGAUUGCCCUCAGCUUACAGGACAGCGACAUCCAGAAGAAGAUUGACCAUGAGAUCCGGAUGCGCGACGGGGCCUGCAAGCUGCUGGCCGCCUGCUCCCAGAAAGACCAGGCAUUAGAGGCGGCAAAGAGCCUGCAGACCUGCAGCACUCGCAUCAUGGCCUACAUGUCGGAGCUGCAGAGGAUGAAGGAGGCUCAGGUCAUGCAGAAGGUCACACGGAGGUCGUCAGAUGCCGGGCCAAUGGACGAUAGACACCCGUGUAAAGGAAAAGUGGCUAUCUCAGAUCUUCGGAUCCCUCUCAUGUGGAAAGACACAGAGUACUUCAAGAACAAAGGAGAGCUUCACCGGUGUGCAGUGUUCUGUCUGCUGCAGCUGGGAGGAGAGAUCUUUGACACGGACAUGGUGAUAGUGGACCGGACACUCACAGAUAUUUGCUUCGACAACACCAUUGUAUUUAAUGAAGCCAGUCCAGGUUUUGAGUUGCGUGUUGAGCUAUACAGUUGCUGCUCGGAGGACGACUACUCAGCAGGGAGCACGCCGAGGAAACUGGCCAGUAAACUGAGCUCCUCACUGGGGCGAUCAGCUGGGAAGAAGCUCCGGUCAGCCAUGGAGCCUGGACCAUGUAGUCCUGUUAGCAAUGGAGGGGCAGCUCCUCUUCUGCUGCCAGUUCCUUCUGUACCGGGCCCUAAGUACCAUCUCUUAGCUCAUACCACCCUGUCACUGUCACACGUCCAGGACAGCUUUCGCACACAUGACCUCACCAUCUCAGGCAACGAAGAGUGUUCUUACUGGCUGCCGCUCUAUGGCAGUAUGUGUUGCCGCCUUGCAGCUCAGCCUCAGUGUAUGACCCAACAGAUGAUGAGUGGAUGUUUGAAAGUUAAGCAGUUGGGUGGCGACCCUCAGAGUUCGACAGAAGUGUACGCUGUUCUAAAAGGAACAAGCCUUUUCUGCUACCACCGGCAAGAAGAUGUGGAGGCUAACGUUGAGCCAGCUUUCACCAUUGCCAUCAACAAGGAGACCAGAAUACGUGCGUCAGAGAAAGACCCUCACAGUAAAGUUCAGAAUAUCUGUAUCAGUAACCAGUAUGGAGGUGAGGAGGUCACACACACGCUGACUACAGACAGCCGCGAGGACACGCACCGGUGGAUGGAAGCUUUUUGGCAACAUUUCUAUGACAUGAGCCAAUGGAAGCAGUGCUGUGAUGACCUAAUGAAAAUUGAACUGCCAUCGCCAAGGAAACCGGCUCCUGUCACACCAAAACAGGGCUCACUCUAUCACGAAAUGGUUAUUGAAUCAUCUGAUGACCUCAGCAGCACUGUGUCAGAUAUCCUGGCUCGGAGGAUGCAGGAGCUGGAGCUCCGCAGCCAACUGGGCACCUCCCCCACGUGGAUGUCUGUGUUUGACGAGAACAACCCCAAAAGCGCUGGUCGCCCCCGUCCCUGUACCUCUCGCCUUUCUGGCCACAGCCCCUGCACCCCUCAUCGACUUCCCCGGAGCCCUGUAAUCCCUCACCGGUGCCCGCAGCUGGGUCUGCUGUCCUCAGAUGCAAGCCUGACCUCAGACAGUGACAGCCACUGCAGCACCAGUCCCUGCUCUCAACGUCACGGCUGGCCCGAGCCUUCUUCAAACUUCUCUCUCUUGUCAUCAUCCCCCUCCCGUCUAAGGCCACGCACUCUGUCGCUGGAUGCUAAGCUCAGCACCCUUCGAGGGAGGGGAUACGGAGCAGGAGGGACCUUUCAGUGCCCUUGCCAGCCUCCUCCCUCCUCGCUGCUCACCCCACUCCCCAUCUCCUCCUGUUCACCUCGGUCACAGCGCAGCACACAGACCACGCUCUCCUGCUCCAGCUCCACCUCAAGCAACAGCUCCAGCAACAGUGAGGGCAGCCACAGCCCCGAGUCAUCUGAGGGAGCCCCCUUCUCAAGGCCCUCCCCAGCUCGACGCAGCCUCAGGAACCUCAGGGCCAGACUUGAUCCUCGCAACUGGCUCCAAAGUCAGGUGUGAACUUGUCCUGCCUGAAAGACAUUUUACGCCGGCCUAAAGGCACCAGUGCUCAUUAAACCAUGAUUUAACUGGCUAAACAUAUGUGAACCAACCUCAGGCAAUCUGCUAGGCCACAUGCACAGCUCUGAGGACGAUAAGCUGCCUCUAGCCUGCCUCCUGCUGGAGGAUGGAUCAUGAAAAACCCUCCUGGGGCAAACUGGAAUGUCUUCUAACACAAAAGACAGGUGACAAUCACUGCAGGCAACUCUGCAUUUUGCCACAAUUUUGAAGCUGGUCCAAAAUUAAAUAGGAGGUACUCUGCUUGCUUUGAGAAACCAUGGUCUUGCUGCUUGGGAGAAAGUGACGCUAAAGAGCUAUAAACUUCACAUCACACUAGGCCUGCUGUCUGUCUUUGGACACUAAUUCUGAAAUUAGAAAAAAGGUUUUGUUUUGUCCUCUGCAUCAGCCAUCCUGGCCAUUCAAACAUGAUUUCAAGGUCAUCUCUAUUAAUGCACUAGCAGUAUUUCGACUGGAUGUUACCUAUCUGUAUUUUAUAAAUAAAGGUUUGCAGUGUUUAUGCUAUGAACGCCGGUGAGCAUGUGGCAAGAUGAACAUAUGGUAUAAUCAAGAGGUUUCAGAUGUUAGGAACUGUUAAGUGUGGAGGGAAAGGUUGGUGUCUGUUGCCUGUACUGUGAUCUACUUCAGUGUACGUAUCUAAUUAUUCAUACAGCAGAUGAUCUUUGUGGUUCUUUUAAAAUUACUAUGCACCAUUUUGUUUUUUUGUUGUUUUUUUUUUUUUAUGAUUUGACUUACAGUUAAAAUGUUGAACUACUUGAGAUCAUUUCAACAAUGAAUCCAGUGAAAGCUUAACUUUAUGCAAGUGCUCAUACUUACUGUACUGGUUAUUACUGUGAUCUCUUCAGGGUAAAAAUCUGUGCUCUGGUCUUAAUUUUUACACAUUUAUCUGCACACUAUUGAUAAGCUGCCAUCAGAACUGGGUAAUAGAUCCAUAGAUACAUAGAACAAACCCCAGAAUAAACUGAAAUUCACCAAAGCUUAAGUAUUAUUGAAAACCUAAGCCAUACUUAUAAUUCUGCUUCACUGCCUCAUUGCACUAUUGUAGGAUAUUAUGAACAGUGGUUCCUGAUUAUGGAAUUUCCAAUAAAAUGUGAAACAUCCACCAAUCAAAUGUUAUGCAACGUAGAAACAUUUCUUAAAAAUUAUUUUAUGGUGGCUGUAUCGUAGGCAACUUUCUAUGAAACCGAGUACUAACUUUAAAUCCCAGUCAAUCAUUAGGUUAUGAUAGUAAGAGCAAGAAUAAAAUUGUUUGUUUACAAUGCCACCUGUUUUUUUAAUUAUGUAAGUUAUUGUAAUUUAGACAACUAUUAACAACAGAAACAUUCUACUGAAGGCGUCCGUGUGAAAACAAAUCUUAUAGGAGAGUAUGUCAGUGCAGUAAAGCCUCUUCUUCCCUCUCUUUGUUGUUUACUGUAGAUUUGACUUUGGUAACAGUUUCCCUCUUGGGGCUCAGAACUCUGGCGAUCAUUUCUACUAAACUGUCAAAUGUUUGAAAAAAACAAACAAGCAUUUGUUACUGUAAAUUAAUUUUUAUAAGUUAACAAAUAAACCUCCUCUCUUUGUCUUUUGUUACAUUAUUGAUUUUGUUAUAAAUGCAGCUAUAUUGAUACCUGAUUAUCAUAAUGUUAACAGAUGAUGUGCAGAUCUUUUAACUGUUACAAAUAGAUAACAUUGAAUGUUAUAACAUUGCAAGAGUUUCCCGUGUUAGCAGGCUUUGUGUUCUGCAUGAGCACCGUCCUAGAAGGCAAACAUAAAAUGAGAAAUGUGGAAAUCUCAUGUUAAAAUAAUAUAACAUUAAUUAUAAUAAAUGUUUUAUCAACUCA